UAUUUUGGGAUGUCUAAAAAUAUAUACGAGUAUCUAUGCAAAUCUAGAAACGUGUUUAAAUCGUGUAAAGAGUUGUAGUUUCGGAUUCCACGAAGUUUGUUGAAAUACGAGAAACAUGACCGCCAGAUGUGGGGGCCCAGUAAUCGAUACUCCACUUAAAGUUUGUGUAGUUUACGCAACACUUUAUGAACUGACCAAACCCUUCCGGAUGUAGCGACCCACUCGCCCCUUCACUUUCAACUGCAAAGUUUUGCAUCAACUUGAAAGCCAUUAUCAUCAAUGAAAGACGAUGGCAAAGCGUCUUCGAUGCCCGAGUCGUCAGGUGGGUUAAUAAUUCUAAUUGAAAAAGGCAAUUUGUAUGCGGCGGGCAAAGGGAGACCAAAGGCAGCUCCGACAGACAAAAGCACUCAAUAUAAUUAAAUUGUCGACGGACCACCCAGCGCCAAUAGUUCCACCACCUGAACCGCCGAUUGCAGUAAUCGUUUAGAAAUGCCACGACUGUUCAGUACACGGCGCCUCUUCCUGGGCGGAAAGAAUGCAAUUUAUCUGCUUAUCCUGGGCACUAUGUUCUAUACGCUAAUGUUGCACCUGCCAGGGAACUCGAAAUCUCGAGAAGUCGUCGAAAGCUAUGGUCCGCCGCCCUCUAGGAUUUUUUGCAUUAUCUCCACCUAUGCAUAUCGCCACGAACAUACCGCAAUUCACAUCCAUCGGACUUGGGUCAGGCACUGCGAUCACUAUCUUUUCGUCAGCGAUGACAUUAAUCACUACUUGGAACCGGCGGUAUUUAUGCAUAUGAAUGACAAAUGGCACCGAAUGAGAGCCUAUCUGGAGUACGUCUACAAGUAUCACUUCCAUCAGGGGGACUGGUUCCUCUACUGCAACGACGAUAAUUUUGUAGUCGUGGAAAAUCUUCGUCACAUGUUAAAGACAUAUAGUCCCAAGGAGCUCAUCUACUUUGGAUGCAAGCUGCGAACACCCAAUGGUCUGGUCUUUAUGCUAGAAAGUUCCGGGAUUGUCUUCAGUGCAGCUGCUCUUAAGCGAUUUGCACUCAUGGCCCUGACCAACGAAAGUAUUUGCAGUUCGGAGACGAAAGGAAAUGAUUUCACUAAGGAACUGGGUCGAUGUCUCACAAAUGUCAAUGUGAUAGCCGGGGAUAGUCGAGAUGAGUUUCAGGGACAUCGAUUCCUGCCUUUCGAAGCGGAUUUGCAUUUGGGAUCAGCUAUGAAUGAAUCCUUAGAACACCACAAGUAUUUUUUGGAACAUUCAUACUAUCCAGUGAAAGAUAUGAACUUGCCGGUCUCUUUGCAUUCAAUAUGCUUUCAUGUUCAGUAUAUUCUCAACAUUUAUGAUCUGUACUACUUUGCAUAUAAAACUCGAGUUUUUGGAGUGCCGCUCAACUUGGGCUUUGAAAAUGAAAGGAUGGGACUCGAAAAUAGAACUGCAUGA